UGCUCGAAUUGCAUUAACAAAUAUCAGCUACGAUUAUAAUCAAAUUAAGCCUCUACUAAUCCCAAUUAUUAUAAUCCCGACUCAGUACAAGCUUAACAGUAAAUGAAACGGGGUCUACCAAACCAAGGGGCUACACACAGACUAUAACCUUACCUCUCCUCUCUCACAUACUAGAAGAAGGGACUGAAGUCGAAAUCUCCUUUUGAAGUAAAAUAAAAAAAAAAACAUUUUCACUCACUUCAAUGGAAGAAGACCCCUUUGCACCAUUAUCAAAUUUCAUAUCUAAGAGAUUAGAGGAGCAUGAAUAUAUGGAGCUGGUGUGGGAGAAUGGGCAGAUUCUUACCAGAGGCCGUAGAUCCAACGUCUACAGCACGAGGAAUCCACCGUCUACAACAUCACUCUUCUUGGAUUUGCAUGAAGCCGACAAGAAUCUUGGAGAUACCCAGGUCGUCCCUGUUGGAGAAAACACACGUGAAGAAACUGAUAAGUCGACCAAGGAGAAGAUCAAGUUAUCAGUUGCUGCGCAUAAUAAGAAGGUGGCAAUACAUGUAGAGCCAAAGACCGAAGUGGGUUUGCCUGCACACAAGAUUCUUGUGAAGGAGAGAGAUGGUGGUCGUGUUGAAUCGACCGUGCAUUCUUUAAAAGCCAUGGCCGAUCAAACUAACCACAAGGAGUUGGAGUUUUCACCUCCAGACGCUCAAUCAGUGGCCAUGGGAAGGUAUAAUAGGUAUAGAGAGAAGGUAGGGUCAGUGAAAGAAGAGAAUGAGAGUAGUGACUCACUCGGCUGGUCAACCCAACUGUGUAGCUCUUCUUUCUCCAUUUGCUCUCGUGGAACUUCCCAAGAUCCCAUCAUCUCUUCUCCGAGGAGAACAUCCGCAGAAUCUGAAGGAUCCAUCCACCUGAGUACCAAUACGGAUGUGGAGUCAGAAGAUGAGGGGCCGCAAGUUCCUGCAAGAAAAACGACUAAGAGGAAACAAAGUAGAGAUUUUGAUGACUUGGCUGAAAGGGAGCAAAGACACGAGAUAAAAAAGAGAAUGAUUGCCUUGCGGAAUCUACUACCUAAUAAUUGUAACAAGGAUAAGAAAUCAUCAUUGUUAGAUGAGGCUAUCGAGUAUACGAGGAAACUUCAACUCCAAAUUCAGUAUAUAUCUCAGUUCCGCUUGAUGUCAAUGGCGAACGGGUUUGCUGCACCACAGAUGAUGUAUUACUCGCCUUUGGUGCAUUACUCUCCUUUGGGUCUAGGAUUUGGCACACCGCCAUUUGUGUCUUCACCAGUUCCAGGACCUGCCUUACCUAACCAACCUGGACCGGUGCCCUUUUCAUCUUUUUCCUUCUAUCCGAUAGAACCCUCUUCCCAGCAGUGUUUUCGACCGGCUGCUUCUUCUACACAAUUUCAACGGUCUGAUUCCGUCUCGAGUUUAGAUAAUUCACAAAAGCAGUCAAGCAGUGGUGAAUGGACCAUCCCGACUUCUAUCAGGUCAAGAGCGAAUAUCCAGAACAUGUUGAUGACCAAACAGGGAAAUGAAUGCAGUUGGGGAGGAGCCGUCUAAUGGAAAAGAUCGAAGUGCCUACCAAAGAAUACCUGUAUGAUGAAGCUGCACAACAAAAGCAUUCAUCUCAGUGAAGAUAUGCUUCUGAUCUUUCAAAACUUAGCUUGUAGCUCCUAAAGGAAUCGAAAAAGCUGUUCAUGGAACGAAAAAGAAAACAGCAAUAAUAAUUACCUGCUCAGAUAGAGGUUUUGUAAAUAUCCCAAUGCAAAGGGCAAUGUUUUCUUUGCGUUCUUC